AAAAAAGAAGAGAAAAACUAGUUUUUUUUUUUUGUUUUUGUUUUGGUUUUUUGGGUUUUUGUUCGUCUCCAUUGCUGUUGUUGUUGUUGUUGUUGCCGCUGCAGAGUCUUUCUCUGAGUUGGAAAAAAAAUGGUUGCUUUACUCAUUAAAAUGAUGGAUUGAGAGAGUUUUUGAUCCGGGUUUUCAUGGCUGAAGGUGAUUGAAAAGAGAGGAAUGUGAGAAGGAAAGUCAGAGGCAGAGGGAGAAUGAGCAAAGAACAGAGCGGCAUUGUGAAGGCUUGGGAAGCAACGGUACGCAAGUCACAAGCAGCUGCGAGAAGGAGGGCACAUAGCAUUUUCGCAACAAUGUCAGUGGCUCAUGCCGACGACGAUGAUUCUGUCUCCGGCCAUGCCUCCGGCGAGGUCUACCAUGCCGAGAAGGUCCUCUCCAAUGGCGACUUCUACACUGGGCAGUGGUCCGACAACCUCCCACACGGUCACGGCAAGUAUCUGUGGACAGACGGGUGUAUGUAUGUCGGCGAAUGGGUCAGAGGUAAGACCAACGGCAAGGGUCGUUUCAGCUGGCCCUCUGGUGCCACCUAUGAAGGUGAAUUCAAGGCUGGCUACAUGGACGGCAAAGGCACGUACACUGGCGCUUCCGGCGACACUUACAAGGGCUCUUGGAUCAUGAAUUUGAAGCACGGAGAAGGGACUAAAAGCUAUGCAAAUGGGGAUUACUACGAAGGCGAUUGGCGCCGAGGUUUCCAGGAAGGUCAGGGAAGGUAUCAAUGGAAGAAUGGGAACCAUUACAUUGGGCAAUGGAGGAAUGGCAUGAUUAGUGGCAAUGGCACUAUGAUUUGGGCUAAUGGGAAUCGAUAUGAUGGGGUUUGGGAGGAUGGAUUGCCUAAAGGGAACGGCACUUUCCGGUGGGCCGAUGGGAGCUUUUACGUCGGAAUGUGGAGUAAAGACCCCAAAGAGCAGACUGGUACUUACUAUCCCUCCGGUUCCCCCACCGGUCAUAUGGAAUGGGAUCCUCAGGAGUUGUUCUCCGUGGAGUUGAAUGACUGUAAGAUAAACCCUGGCGAGAAUGUUUCCAUUCUUCCCUUGCAGAAGAUGCUUAACUGGCCUGGGCUCGACGGGGAGUUCCUGCAGAAGCAGCCAAUUUGGAAGCCCAGUAAAGGGAACGACGGGAGCGUGCGGCCGAGGAGGAUGUCAGUGGACGGCAGAGUGAAUUACCACAGCUGGGAGGGCGAUGGAGAUGUUAGCUUUGAUAUUGUUGAUGGGAAUUCGCUCAUGGGGAGAGAUGUGGAUGAGGGUUUGGGAAGCCUUCAGCUUGAAGAUCCGGAUUUGACAGAAACCAGACAACAGCAGAUAAGAUUACAGCCAAUGAAGAGACAAGGCGAGACAAUAUCUAAAGGACAUAAAAAUUACGAGCUCAUGCUCAAUUUGCAGCUUGGAAUAAGACAUUCCGUUGGAAGGCCUGCACCAUCUACAUCCCUUGAUCUGAAAUCCUCGGCUUUUGAUCCUAAGGAAAAGGUGUGGACGAAAUUUCCUCCUGAAGGAUCCAAACACACCCCACCUCACCAGUCGAGUGAUUUUAGAUGGAAGGACUACUGUCCAUUGGUUUUCAGAACUCUCAGGAAAUUGUUCAAGGUUGAUCCAGCUGAUUACAUGAUAUCUAUAUGUGGGAAUGAUGCCCUACGGGAGCUUUCUUCCCCUGGGAAAAGUGGAAGCUUCUUUUACUUGACCAAUGAUGAUCGCUACAUGAUAAAGACAAUGAAGAAGUCCGAAGUAAAGGUUCUUUUAAGGAUGCUUCCAGCCUAUUAUAAUCAUGUUCGAGCCUUUGAGAACACUCUAGUCACCAAAUUUUAUGGUCUUCACUGUGUGAAAUUAACUGGGGCUGCCCAGAAGAAGGUGCGAUUUGUCAUAAUGGGGAAUUUGUUCUGUUCUGAGUUCGCCAUUCACAGGCGUUUUGACUUGAAAGGUUCUUCCCAUGGCCGCACAACUGAUAAACCCGAGGCAGAAAUUGAUGCCACAACAACUCUCAAGGACCUUGAUCUUAAUUUCAUCUUUCGAUUGCAGAAGGCUUGGUUCCAAGAGUUUUGCAGGCAAGUGGACAGGGAUUGUGACCUUCUUGAACAGGAGAGAAUUAUGGAUUAUAGUCUUCUGGUUGGUCUUCACUUCCGGGAAGCUCCUGGAACUCGAACUCCUUCUGGAAUUCGAACUCCUACUGGAAUCCGAACUCCUACUGGAAUCCGAACUCCUACUGGAAAUGGAGACCCUGAUAUUGAUGGAGCAGCCCCUCGUCUUUCUGGAGUAGACAUGGAUAAGCUUCUUCUUGACCGGCGGUCAUCCAUUAGAUUAGGUAUUAACAUGCCAGCAAGGGUUGAGAAGACAGUGAGAAGAGGUGAUGAGACUCAGCUAAUUGGAGAACCUACAGGAGAGUUCUAUGAAGUUGUCCUUUUCUUUGGUAUAAUAGACAUUCUACAAGACUACGAUAUUAGCAAGAAGCUCGAGCACGCCUACAAAUCAUUCCAAUUUGACCCAACCUCAAUCUCUGCAGUGGAUCCAAAGCAAUACUCAAAACGCUUCCGUGAUUUCAUUUUCAGAGCUUUCACAGAAGACACUUGAAGGUAUAGAUUUAGCCAAAAUCUUUCACAUGCAGCUGGUGAGUGUCCAUGUACAGUUGAGCUUCAGCAGUGAAGAAAGCUCUUACCAGCAAAAGGAACACAAUUUGGCCAUUGACAUGGCCUUUGCAGGGUAGUAUGUGGGCCUGCUAGGGUUACAAAUUUUGGUAAUUCAGCAUUGUACUCCCCCCCCCCUUCUUUCCAUCAUCUUUUUAUUUAUAGUCACAGAUAUAUCAUAUGUUCUAGUGAAGGUAUAGAUUGACAUCAUUAAGCAGAUCCCUACUCUAGCCUGUUCCAAUUGUAAAUGAAUUUACCAAAGGAUGAACCUAUUUUGGAGUUGAUUCAUUUUGUACCCGAAUUUUUUUCAUUUCCCAGAAAGCAAUGAGUUUCUGGGAUCUCGGCAUCUAAUAAAAAUGUACAGAAGGAAAUUGGAAUAGCAACAACUUCCAGUUA